AUGGGAGAAGUGACAGCCGCAGAGGUAGAAAAGUUCCUGGAUGCUAACAUUAGCUUUGCUAAACACUACUACAAUGACCAGUUCAGGGCCAAAGUCAUCUCUGAGCUACUGGGUGCCAAGGAAACAGCUGUUGAUUUUAGUCACUUCCACUCCUUGACCAGUGUGGAAGAGAGUGAAAUUAUUUUCGACCUCCUCCGAGAUUUCCAGGAGAACCUGCAACCUGAGAAAAGUAUGUUCAACGUUAUGAAGAAGUUGUGCUUUCUCCUUCAGGCAGACCGAAUGAGUCUGUUCAUGUACCGGGCCCGGAAUGGCAUUGCAGAGCUUGCCACCAGGUUCUUCAAUGUCCAUAAAGAUGCGGUUUUGGAGGACUGCUUGGUGAUGCCUGACUCAGAGAUCGUCUUCCCCCUGGAUAUGGGUGUAGUGGGCCAUGUUGCACAUGCAAAAAAAACUGUGAACGUCCCCAAUACAGAAGAGGAUGAGCACUUCUGUGACUUUGUUGAUGAUCUCACAGAAUAUAAGACCAAGAACAUUUUGGCCACUCCAAUAAUGACUGGAAAAGAUGUUAUAGCUGUAAUUAUGGCUGUGAACAAAGUUGAUGGAUCAUGUUUUACCAAGAGGGAUGAAGAGAUUCUAAUGAAGUAUCUUAAUUUUGCAAAUCUGUUCAUGAAGGUGUUCCAUCUGAGCUACCUUCACAACUGUGAAACCCGCCGGGGCCAGAUACUCUUGUGGUCUGGGAGCAAAGUGUUUGAAGAACUUACAGACAUCGAGAGACAGUUCCACAAAGCCCUUUACACAGUCCGUGCCUUUCUCAACUGUGACAGAUACUCUGUGGGGCUCUUGGACAUGACCAAGCAAAAGGAAUUUUUUGAUGUCUGGCCAGUGUUGAUGGGAGAAGCUCCACCCUACUCAGGACCCAGGACACCAGAUGGAAGGGAAAUCAACUUUUAUAAAGUCAUCGACUACAUCCUCCAUGGGAAAGAGGACAUUAAAGUAAUCCCGAAUCCUGCUCCUGACCACUGGGCUCUGGUUAGUGGUCUCCCAACAUAUGUUGCCCAGAAUGGCCUGAUUUGCAAUAUCAUGAAUGCCUCUGCAGAAGACUUUUUCAAUUUCCAGCAAGAACCUCUCGAUGAAUCUGGAUGGAUGAUUAAAAACGUCCUCUCGAUGCCUAUAGUCAACAAGAAGGAAGAAAUUGUUGGAGUGGCUACAUUUUACAAUCGAAAAGAUGGCAAGCCCUUCGAUGAAAUGGAUGAGACACUCAUGGAGUCUUUAACCCAGUUUCUUGGCUGGUCUGUUCUAAACCCUGAUACCUAUGAAUCAAUGAACAAGCUGGAAAACAGAAAGGAUGUGUUCCAGGAUAUGGUGAAAUAUCAUGUGAAGUGUGACAAUGAGGAGAUACAAGAAAUACUGAAAACCAGAGAAGUCUAUGGGAAAGAGCCCUGGGACUGUGAAGAAGAGGAGUUACUUGAAAUUCUACAAGAAGAGCUCCCAGAUGCAGAGGAAUAUGAAAUUAAUAAAUUCCACUUCAGUGACCUGCCCCUGACAGAGCUGCAGCUGGUGAAAUGUGGGAUCCAAAUGUAUUAUGAACUGAAAGUAGUGGAUAAGUUUCACAUCCCCCAGGAGGCUUUAGUACGGUUUAUGUACUCUCUCAGCAAGGGAUACCGAAGAAUUACUUACCACAACUGGCGCCAUGGAUUCAAUGUGGGACAGACUAUGUUCUCAUUGCUUGUGACUGGGAAGCUGAAACGGUACUUCACAGAUCUGGAGGCCUUGGCCAUGGUGACUGCUGCUUUCUGCCAUGACAUUGAUCACAGAGGCACCAAUAAUCUCUACCAGAUGAAAUCCCAGAAUCCACUAGCCAAACUCCAUGGAUCUUCUAUCUUGGAAAGACAUCAUUUGGAAUUUGGCAAAACACUGCUGAGGGAUGAGAGUCUAAACAUCUUCCAGAACCUUAAUCGAAGACAGCAUGAACAUGCCAUUCACAUGAUGGAUAUUGCAAUCAUUGCUACUGAUCUUGCCCUUUAUUUCAAAAAAAGGGCAAUGUUCCAAAAGAUUGUGGAUCAAUCUAAAACUUAUGAAAGUGAACAGGAGUGGACCCAGUACAUGAUGUUGGAACAGACACGGAAGGAAAUUGUCAUGGCAAUGAUGAUGACAGCCUGUGACUUGUCUGCCAUAACCAAGCCCUGGGAAGUUCAGAGCAAGGUGGCUCUUCUAGUGGCUGCUGAAUUCUGGGAACAAGGAGACUUGGAGAGAACUGUGCUCCAGCAGAACCCUAUUCCCAUGAUGGACAGGAAUAAAGCAGACGAACUCCCCAAGCUGCAAGUGGGCUUCAUCGAUUUUGUGUGCACCUUUGUCUACAAGGAGUUUUCCCGGUUUCAUGAGCAGAUCACUCCCAUGCUGGAUGGCAUCACCAAUAACCGGAAGGAGUGGAAGGCAUUGGCUGAUGAAUAUGAUGCCAAGAUGAAAGCUCUGGAAGAAGAGAAGCAGAAAAAAGCAGAGGCCCAGCAAGCAGCUGCUGGACAUCAGGGAAAGCCUGUGACUGGAGAAGGAAGCACACAGUCCAAAUCCUGCUCUAUUCAGUAGUGCAAACCUUUGUAUUGCUGCUGUUUGAACCUUCCAGAUGGAUGGCUCUAGAAAAGGGAGCCAAACAUCGAAGGGGAAAGAUGUCAAGUCAGCAGGAGGACGUACAACUUCUUGAGGAGAAAAUAAAUUUAGAAUCAUAGAAUAUUAGAGCUGGAGGGAACUCAGAUAGUUUCAAUCUACCCAUUGAUAGGGAAGCUGAGGGUUAGAGAUGGAAGAGACUUACCCAAGGUUACACAAGUAGUUAUGGCAGGAUCUUCUGACUGAAUGCCGUAUGUAGAGAACAUGAUAGACUGAAAGAUCAAUAGAUCAAUAGAUAGAUAGGUGGAUGGGUCGAUGGAUAUGUAGAUAGAUGAUAUAUGGAUAAAUAAAUGAAUAGAUAAAAGGCUAGAUCAAUAGAUACAUAGAUAGGACAUUAAUUACUUAAUAUGUGGUGCAAGGCACUGUGCUAAGCAAUUAAAACAAUUUCGCUAACAUCAAUGACCAUCAUGCUUUGCUUUGACACAACUGCUAGUUGCCUUUGCCCAUUUUGCCUCCUGUUUUCUAGCCCUGGUUGUUUCCAUUACUUGCUUGAACAUGUGGGCUUGGGAGAACUUGGCUGGUAGCUACAUAUGCAUUCUGAACAGAAAAAUGAAAAAAAAAUCAAGAAUAACUCUAUAUUCAGGAUAGCAGUUAGCCUUCAGGCACAUUAAACAUGCUCUGUGGUUUGAGGAAAAAAAAACAUUUGAUCUCCCAUCUACUACCAACACUACCACUACCUGCUGAUUUUCUCCAGACUCUCUUAGGUGUGAACAAGGACUUAAAAUGUGAUGAAAGGAACAUGAAAUUCAGAGGCAGAAGAUCAAGCUUCAUAUCCAGAAUCUGCUAUUUAUUAAAUGCGUGACCUUGGGCAAGUCACACAUAUUUUCUCAUCAACAAAAUAAAAGGAUGUAUUAGUUUGUCUCUAUCCAACUCUAAAGCCUAUGAUCCUAUGAAUCCAGGAGAUAAACAUUUGCAAUAAAGAAAGGAGUGCUUGAUGUGAUAAAAUUACUGGCAAGGAACUUUAUAUAGGGCCUCUCAUGUCAGUGUGAGAAUAACUCAAUGCAGGAAAACUGGCCUGCAGUGCAAACUGGAUGCACCCAUGAGUCUUAUAUUUCACCCUUAUCUUGAUAAAUCUUGUCUGAAUGGAAAAAAAUGCUGAUUUGGUCAUCAGAUUUUGUGUAAACAGCACCAUUGUUCACAGUUUAAAAAAAAUUUUUUUUUAAGUCUAUUGUGUUUUACAAAUUUUCAGACACAAGAGGGAGUCCAAGGGAAGGAAUAUGGCACUCGAGUCACAAUAGCAUCACUAUUUCCAAUGGGUUUGCUGUUUUGGCCUAGAUAGCUUGUGCCUUUGUUAGUACAACACUUCUCCCUCUCCAUCUUGACCCAAAGUAAAGUUAUUUAAUAAGAAAGCAAGGAAAAAUAAGUAGCAAUAGAGCACUUUCCCCGAAGACGGAGGGCAGAUUCUCCCAUAAAUCAACAUAUUGUCAUGGAAAAAGUGGGCAUGACAGGGACCAUUCAAGGGAGUCAUGCACAUAAAGAACAUGCAUGAUCAGGGGAUACACAUGGAAGAGCGACUCAUACCUCUGAUGAUGCUGCAGGGCCACUUUUCUCUUCUGAUGAUAUCCCAGGAAGCAGGUCACAGUGCAGUUCUAGGAACUGAACCCAAGUCUAGCCUUCCUAGCUCAUUUGGCAAUUUCAAUUGACCUGAACUCUCUGGGGAGGGGGCUCCCAUAUUUAAAACAUGGGCCCGAGAUAAGGUGGUUUCUUACAAAGCCCUCUCUUGCCAUAUUCCUGUUUUCUCUCCCCUGGACAAAGUCCAAAUGCUAUAUUCAUAGAAGAAAGAAUGAGAGCCAGCCCUGCAAGGGACUUGGGAACACAAUAUUAGAGACAGAAGGGCACUCAGGACACAGAAAUGUUAGAGCUAGAGAUCGUUUGAGUUCAAGUCUCAUUUUACAGAUGAGGCAACCCAAGCUAAAUAACCUGCCCAAGGUCACAUAGCUAAUGAGUGAUAAAGGGACGGCUCAAAUCCAGACCUCCUACCUGCAUCCCCCAGUGGAGUCCUUCGGGGUUAAUGCCGUAGAGUCAGUCAGGUGUGCAUCACGUGGUGUGCAUCAUGUGGCAUACGUGGAAUACCUAUGGGUGGUCAGCUUGUGUACCUGUACCGAAAUCUGGGUCCCACACACCGGCUGCCCCGACAGUUUCACCCACCCUCCCCCCUAGCCUCAGGAUCCCACUCAGCCACAGGGCAGAGCUAAUAAAGAAGGGUGUUGGCCA